AUGAAAUCAUGUUAGUGUAAUACAUUACAACUUUAUGAUAAAACAAAUUAUGAACAAAUUCUUUUAUCAUAUACCAUUUAUAUUGAUUUAUUAUAUCAUCAAAAUCAAUUGUAAUAUCAAUUCAAAAUCAAUAAAUCAAUCAAUUAUUUAUGAACCGAAUUGGAAUUCAUUAGAUAAACGUCCAUUACCAAAUUGGUAUGAUGAAGCUAAAAUUGGUAUAUUUAUACAUUGGGGUGUAUUUUCUGUACCUAGUUAUAGGACUGAAUGGUUUUGGUGGAUGUGGCAAGGUGACAAAACAAUAAUGCCUGAAAUACCGGAAUAUAUGCGUAAAUAUUAUGAACCAGAUUUUGCAUAUGCUAAUUUUGCAAAACAAUUUCAUGCGGAAUUUUUCGAACCUGAUAAAUGGGCUGAUUUAUUUCAGAAAUCAGGAGCACGUUAUGUAGUACUUACUGCGAAACACCAUGAAGGUUUUUGUAAUUGGCCGUCUAUUAGUUCAUGGCAAUGGAAUUCAAUGGAUAUUGGUCCAAAUCGUGAUUUGGUCGGUGAUUUGGCUACAUCUAUUCGUAAAAGAACUAAAUUAAGAUUUGGUGUCUAUCAUUCCUUAUUUGAAUGGUUUAAUCCAUUAUAUUUGUACGAUAAAGAAAAUAACUUUACAACACAAACAUUUGUUGAACAAAAAACAUUGCCAGAAUUAUAUGAUUUAGUAUUACGUUAUAAACCAGAAGUGAUUUGGUCUGAUGGUGAUGCUGGUCCAGAUACUUAUUGGAAUUCAACACAAUUUCUUGCUUGGUUAUAUAAUGAAUCACCUGUAAAAGAUACAGUUGUUACAAAUGAUCGUUGGGGUAAUGGUUGCCCAUGUAAACAUGGAGGUUACUAUUCAUGUGAUGAUCGUUAUCAUCCUGGUAAAUUAGUGAGACAUAAAUGGGAAAAUUGUAUGACAUUAGAUUGUUGUUCAUGGGGAUUUAGAAGAGAAAUAACUUUAGAUAAAAUAUUAACACCAGAACAACUUAUUUCUGAAGUUAUUGAGACUGUUACUUUUGGUGGAAAUAUUCUCAUUAAUGUUGGUCCAACUUCAUGGGGAACAAUUUUACCUAUUUAUGAAGAACGUUUAUUACAAUUAGGCGAAUGGUUGUCUAUAAAUGGUGAAGGUAUUUACGCCACUCAACCAUGGAGAAUUCAAAAAGAACCAAAUUAUGAUUUUGUUUGGUAUACUUAUAAACCUGCAUUGAUUGAUAAGAAUAUAAAUGAAUAUAUGAAAAUGCCAUCCCUAUAUUUAUUGAAUAGAAUAUCAUCUGUGAAACAAAAUCCAUCUAUAGUAUAUGCACAUUUAACAAAAUGGCCAAAUAAAUAUUGUCACAAUUUAACAGAAACAAUAAAUGAUCAAUCAAUACAAACAAGAACAUUUUGUAAAAGAGAAUUACAUUUACGAUCAAUUAAUGCUCAUCCAAAUUUAUCUAAUUUUACUUUAUUAGAUGGAAGUUUAACUGGUAUUCAAUUAUCGUAUCGAAUCAUGAAUGGUGUAAUUAUUAAUUUACCUGAUUUAAUUAUGAAUAAUGAUAAUAGAAAUAUAUUGAAAUAUGCAUGGACAAUACGUAUGAUUAAUGUGUUUUAAUAAACUAUUGACCUUGAUCUAUGAUAUGAUUCUUAACAAACAAACAAACAAACAAGCAAACAAACAAACAAGCGAACAAACGAGCAAACAAACAAGCGAACAAACGAGCAAACAAACAAACAAAAAGUGUAGACAGUUCACAAAUGUUAUUUUCAAGUGAUUUUAGUAUUAGGUUAAUUGUUUAAAGCAAUUAAAACUAACAAUAUUAUUAGUAGUAUCUCAAUGAAAAGAGAAAAAUAAAACUGAAUUUUUAAUAUUGUAUAACUUUGCAUAAGUUGUGUUUGUUUUAGCGGUUAAUAUAAAAUAUAAUUAACAGAGAAUAUAUAAGGGUAAAGAGGGGUAUUCUAUUUCAAUAAUGAUCAUCAUACAAUCUGAUUAGUGACAGAUAUAGUUGUGAAGUGUUCAAGAUUCAAUUUUCUGUGAGAUUAUAAUUUAUGAAUGAACCAAUCAGAUUUAACAUAACAGGUUUUGAAUUUUAGCGCGAAAUUAAUUCAUUCACUUAGCUUUAUUUAGUUUUAUUAAUAUAGUUGAUAUUAGUUCAUGAUGAAAACCCUAUAUUUGCAUCCUGAUCUUAACUAUUAACUGUAAAUAAUAAUCGUAAUUCUUUACACUGGUUUAUAACCUUCAUUUAACCGUAGUAGGCUGUUGAACAUUGUCAGGGUCGCUUUAGCGUCACUCCAAGGUCGUCCAUAAAUUAUAGUCUCACAGUUUUGUUUUAAUUUUUUAAAGACUUGUUCAUUUAGUAUCAUUUGUAAUAUGUAAUUUAAUUAAUUUGAUAGGAUCAUAGAAACUAUAUAAUUUAUAGACUUUUUGAAUUUCUUGUUUCUAUGUAAAUCGAAUAAAAAUUUAGAAAUU